GGUGCGCUUUUUUCGUGACGUUGCCAUAUCGCUGUGACGCAUUGCCACACCAGCUGGUAGGUUAUAUGCGUAUUAUGAACUAGUUCGUACACAAAGUUCCCAAGCAGAAUUAGCCGGGAAGCCAAUGAUAAUACUAUUUGAAGAAUUAGUUAUUACUAAAUUCAACACAAAACUCAAAUAUGACCGAUUAUGUGGUUGAAGGCAUCGAAGGCAAGCGCAUAGUAAAUGGAGUGACCGAAUACUUAUUAAAAUGGCAUGGAUAUCCACGCAGUGAAAACACUUGGGAGCCAGUCGAAAAUCUCUCUUGCCCCGACUUUAUAGCCGCAUUUGAGGAAUCGGAGAGGAACAAAGCACAGGCUAAAAAGAGACCUUCGUCGGAGUAUAGCAAUACACGUGAUGAGCAAAACAAGAAAAUAACUUUCAUAAAAGACGAAACUGAAGAGAAAUUUGGUUUCGAACGUGGAUUGGUCGCUUCGAAAAUACUAGGAGCCACCGAUUCUUCAGGAAAGCUCAUGUUUCUCAUGUCGUGGGAAAAUUCAGAUCGCUACGAACUGGUGCCUGCCAAGCUUGCCAACGUAAAAUGUCCACAUGUCGUAAUUAAAUUUUACGAGGAGCGCCUCACUUGGGAAUCGGAUAAGAAAAACGAAAAUAAUGCAAAAAGAGAACGCUCAGCUAAAAAUGAUAAUAAAGUCGAGAUUGACUUGACAGUUGGCGAGGACGUCAACUUUUGAGCAAGCAUCGGUACGUGCUAUAUACAUACAUACACAUAUUCAUGCACACUAUUUGGAUGAACGGACAUUAGCAGUUAUGCAUAUACGCAGGCAUAUAUGUAAAUGUGUAUGUGGCGGUAAUAUAAAACCAUUUUUAUCUUAGAAUUAUGUAUAUAUAAAUACCAUAUGUAUUUGAAAAGUAACCAUUGUACUUGUCAUAUCCAAUUUCGUUACUUUGUAAUACUUAAGUUGACAGUUUAAAAUAUUAAA